UCUGUUCCUAUAGUAAAAUUCUGGGGGCGACUGGAAUAUGCCGGAGCGUGAUUCGACGAAAUAGGGGCGUGAAUACUAACCCUGGGAACGAGAUCUCUAUAAAUGCAACCGAAAGGUUCCAGCGUUCCCAGCAAGGAAGAGAUCUAUUCGCACGAGAUUUGCAAAUCUGAAGCGUUUUGACGGCAUGGGUAGUUCGUGGAAAUUGGAGGACCAUCCCAAGCUUCCCAAGGGAAAGACCAUAGCCGUCGUUGUCUUGGAUGGUUGGGGUGAGGCGAAUCCGGAUCAGUAUAAUUGCAUUCAUGUCGCCCAAACUCCGACUAUGGACUCUCUUAAGAAGGGUGCUCCAGAGAGAUGGAGGCUGGUAAGGGCUCAUGGAACUGCCGUGGGGCUUCCAACUGAGGAUGACAUGGGUAACAGUGAAGUAGGACACAAUGCACUUGGAGCUGGAAGGAUUUAUGCGCAAGGUGCUAAGUUGGUGGAUCUUGCCCUUGCUUCUGGGAAAAUAUAUGAAGGAGAAGGCUUUAAAUAUAUUAAAGAAUGCUUCGAUAAAGGUACCUUACAUCUCAUCGGGUUGCUGAGUGAUGGCGGUGUACAUUCUCGGCUUGAUCAGUUGCAGUUGCUUUUGAAAGGCUCUAGUGAGAAUGGUGCAAAGAGAAUACGUGUACAUAUUCUCACUGACGGACGUGAUGUUUUGGAUGGUUCAAGUGUUGGGUUUGUUGAAACAUUGGAGAAGGAUCUUGCUAAUCUACGAGAGAAUGGUAUUGAUGCACAAAUUGCAUCUGGUGGUGGUCGAAUGUAUGUAACCAUGGAUCGGUAUGAGAAUGACUGGGGUGUCGUUAAACGCGGUUGGGAUGCACAGGUUCUUGGUGAAGCACCUCACAAAUUUAGAAAUGCUCUUGAAGCUGUGAAAACACUAAGGCAGGAACACAAAACUAAUGAUCAAUAUUUGCCGCCAUUUGUUAUAGUUGAUGAGAAUGGCAAGGCAGUUGGUCCAAUAGUUGAUGGUGAUGCUGUUGUAACAUUCAACUUUCGAGCAGACCGUAUGGUCAUGAUUGCUAAAUCAUUAGAAUAUGAAAACUUUGACAAGUUUGAUCGUGUUCGUGUCCCAAAGAUUCGAUAUGCUGGAAUGCUUCAAUAUGAUGGUGAAUUGAAACUCCCAAGCCACUACCUAGUUUCUCCUCCAGAGAUAGAGAGGACAUCUGGUGAAUAUUUGGUGCACAAUGGUAUCCGUACUUUUGCUUGCAGUGAAACUGUCAAAUUUGGUCAUGUCACAUUCUUCUGGAAUGGAAAUCGAUCUGGAUACUUCAAUCCAUCCAUGGAAGAGUAUGUUGAGAUUCCUAGUGACUCUGGUAUUACAUUUAAUGUUCAACCCAAGAUGAAGGCAUUAGAAAUUGCUGAGAAGGCAAGGGAUGCUAUCCUCAGUCGCAAAUUUGACCAGAUCCGUGUGAAUUUACCAAAUGGAGACAUGGUUGGUCACACUGGUGACAUAGAGGCAACUGUUGUGGCUUGCAAAGCGGCUGAUGAAGCAGUUAAGAUCAUUUUAGAUGCCAUUGAGCAAGUUGGUGGCAUUUACGUUGUCACAGCAGAUCAUGGAAAUGCUGAAGACAUGGUAAAGAGAAACAAAUCUGGCAAGCCAGAACUUGACAAAUCUGGGAACAUUCAGAUUCUCACUUCUCAUACUCUUCAACCUGUGCCGAUUGCCAUCGGGGGCCCUGGACUUGCAGCUGGUGUCAGAUACCGCAAGGAUGUGCCUGAUGGUGGCCUUGCCAAUGUCGCUGCCACCGUCAUGAAUCUGCAUGGUUUCGUGGCACCAAGCGACUACGAGACAACCCUCAUUGAAGUAGUUGACAACUAAACGCCACUUUCUUUUUUUUUUUUUUUUACGAGUUUGAAUUUUCAAUAAUUUAUAUUGGAUGAUUAAGUUGCAUGACUUUAGGAGUAACUUAACAUCACAGUCUUCGUUGCUAAAUGCUUUUACUUAUUUUCUUGUGAUCAAAUGCUCUACUUAUUUUGACGCAAGUACAUUUGUUCGUACUUCGUCCAUCAUGUAGUGAGUAUAUUUGGAAUAAAAUGAAAUUGAAUUUGAUAA